CGCCGUCGGCAGCGAAAAGCGAGCCGCUGGCAGCGACGUUUGCCAGUCGCUUCUCAGCAUUCUUCGCCUCUGGUUCGAAAUUCUCAGGCCGAUUAGAAAAGAAAAGCAUAAAGACCCUACCGAAUAAAGACCGAGGGACAGGGGAGCGGUGGCCAGCGAACAGAAGACGGAAAAACAGAAAAUAACAAAAAUCCAUUUCUAUAUACCCAACAUCGACAUCGAGAAUCCACACCGAGAUCGAGAUCGAGAUCGAUAUGUGUAUAUGAACGCAGUUCCUCCUCGUAGACCGGUCGUCCGUAGUAGCAUCGUUGUGUUCCCACAGUUCCAAAGUUCAGUGAGUGGGCAAAAGAAGAAUCGAGGGUGGAGAAUCCGAAUCCGAAACCAAAACCCAACCGAAACCCAAAAUCGUGUAUCCGAAUCCUGCGCGGAGGAGAGAGAAUCGAUCCAAGAUUUGUUGUAAUGGUGCACAGGCGCUGGAUUUUCUGUGAGAGCGGCGAGGAUCCAAACUUCAGGAAGGAGCACUACGAGUACACCCAAAGCCAGCACCGAUAAUUCCAAUCCAAAAAAGUCCAUUCAACUUGCUGCAAUUAUUUGUGCCAACGAUCUCAUUUGGAACCGCAAAAUAAUCACGACAUAAUAAAACAAAAAUAAAUUUUAAAACCAAAAUCCCCCACGAAAAACAAUUGAAAUGCGUGCAUAAUUGCUAAUAUAAAACAAAAGAAGAAAAAAGAACAGAAUUUCAGUGCUUUUUGUUUGUAUUUUUUAUUGUUUGGCUUUUUGUGCUCCGCAAAUGUGAGAAGAGAAUUCAAUCGAAGAAUUGCAAACACGAAGCGAGGGAAAGAGUGCGUGAGAUAGAGAGCAGAAAGAGAGAAGGAGAUCCACGGCGGCCAAAAAGCAUUUUCAAAAUGGUGCUCCAGAACCACAACACUGUGGUGGCCCGUUCCACCUUGACGCCGAACAGCAGCAGCCAGAACUUUGGCUCCCAUCCGCUGGGACAUCACGGUGGAUCGGCCAACGGAUCCGGAUCCGGACGUAGGCCUCUGAACGCCGGACCUAGCAGACAGCGCCCCAUUGUGGACCUCCUGGUGGCCAUGGUGGCCGUGCCGGUGCUGAUCCUCUGCGCCCUGCAGCUGGAGAAGAAUCUGCGGGACACCAGUGAGGAGUCCCGCUGGCUCGUCUUUGCCUUGGGCAUCGGGAUGCUGGUGAUUAGCGUGAUUAUCUGCGGGUAUGUUACGCAUCGCAUGGGCGUCUGCAUUUGGGCGGGGCCCAUCGACGAGGCAGGAAACCGGUCCACCAAUGGAGCCAUGCCACAUAUCAACUCCCAGAACGAUGUGCUGCGCAUUGUGGACUCACUGCCGCCAAGUUACGAUAGUGUGGUCAAGUUCGAACUGCCGCCGCCGGCCUACGACUGUCUGGUUAUCGACAUGGAUCAGUCGAAGGAUCUGGAGCCGCCACAGACCUCUGCCAAGCCAGGAGCUGGAGGAGCCACAUCCCCACCCGGAACCACCCUGCACAUCUAGGGGGAGCAAUGGGUGAAGCAGUAGAAGGAGGAGAGAGAAUUAAGAGAUUUUUUCCCAACUGGCAGCACAACGGAUUUCUGUACUUGACCCACUUAAAAAACCACAUGCAAACAAAUCAAUAACUACGAUUGCGAUAAGUGGUAUUCUGGAAACUCUGGUGCUUUCGAAAAUUCCCAGAGCAUUCAGCUGAAUAUCGCCAUAUAUCCGUAUAUCUAUUAUAAGGUUUGGCUAACUGGUAGCUUGGCAAAGCACUAUGGCAUUGUAUUUACUUUGAUUUUAAGCAGCUAGUAUUUUAACUCGUAGCGCCCAUCAAUAACGAUAUCGAUUCUCUCGCAUUGUACAUAGCGUUCUGUAAAACACACAGCAUCUAGUCCAAAGUUGUAUAUAGCAAAAGAAAUAACUGAACCACACAUGAUGCGCCCAUAUAAGUUUUAAACACAUAUAUUGAAUGCCAGGGUAGGGCGGGAAUCAAAUUACAAAACUACAGGGUAGCAAUUAGUCUUAGUCUAGCGUAACGCCUGUAUAUAACUAUGUAUAUUUCGAUUACAAAUACUUUUAUAGCCAUAUCGACAUCGAUGUCGAUUGCCAACAAAUGUCGGAAAACGUUCAGUGUUGCUUUCCAGAAAUAAAGAAUUCCUAUUAAGUUUAUUGAAAACCAAGCGAA